GGGUUCGUCGGAAAAAUGACCAACAACAUCGGAAGAAACCUCGUACACUACCAAGUCACGGACCCCAGCGACGACCCACUAACCCCACGCCCAGGCACCCUCAGAUACGGCGCCACAAUGAUCAAACCCAAAGUGUGGAUCACGUUUCAAAAAGACAUGCACAUUGUGCUCAACAAGCCGCUUAUUAUUAGCAGCUACACGGCCAUCGACGGCCGUGGCGCCACCGUGCACAUCACGGGGAAUGCGUGUCUGAUGGUGUCUAGAGCCACCAAUGUCAUAAUCCAUGGGCUUAUUAUCCACCAUUGCAAGGCCCAGGCGGCUGGCCGUGUAAUGGGGCCGGGUUCGAAGAUCGUUUCGUUGGGACACGUGGACGGUGAUGCCAUUCGUUUGGUUAGUGCUUCUAAGAUUUGGAUUGACCAUAACACGCUGUAUCGGUGUGAGGAUGGGCUGAUUGAUGUCACUAGAGGCUCUACUGAUAUCACCAUUUCUAACAAUUGGUUGAGAGAUCAAGAUAAGGUUAUACUUUUGGGUCACGACGAUGAUUAUUUUCGGGACCGAAACAUGAAGGUUACUCUCGUUUAUAACCAUUUCGGACCUAAUUGCAACCAACGGAUGCCCAGGAUUCGAUACGGGUAUGCACACGUGGCGAACAAUUUGUACCAAGGUUGGACACAAUACGCAAUUGGAGGCAGCAUGAAUCCUAGUGUGAAGAGUGAAGCCAACCUUUUCAUAGCAUCGAAAUCAAAACAGAUCAUAUGGAGCACAGGCAAAGUAGAGAACGCCAAGUGGAAGUUCCAUUCAGUAAGAGACGUUUUUGAAAACGGCGCUUCCUUCGCACAGAUCGGCGCUGGCCGAGGCGGUGUCAAGCCAAAUUACAAUGCCCUGCAGCGCUUCCCAGUGGUAGACGCCAAGUGGUUGCGGUCAUUGACAAGCUCUUCCGGCGCCCUGCGCUGCUCACCACGCUCAAGGUGUUGACCACUUGGAAUUUUUGUUUCCUGUCAAAUAAGGAUGGGACUCUCCCAUCUUUGUAUUGUUAAUUAAUGAAUGAUGAUAAUUAAGUGAUAAGAAGUGUUGAGGCAUAUUCAAACACAUAAUUAAUUAAGACCCAGAAAGUGAAAAAUUGAUGAACACACUUAAAACAGAGAGCCCUUUAAGGAUCGAAAGGAAUAUUGAAAAACAAGAAGAAAGAAACAUGAGGAGUAUCAAUGUCGCGGCACGCAUGGUGCUACCAUUCCAAAUAUGGUUGAUUAUGAAUGUGAGAUCUUAUGUCGGUUGGAGAAAGGAAUGAAACAUUCCUUAUAAGGGGGUGGAAACCUCUUCCUAGCAGAUACGUUUUAAAACCUUGAGGCUGAUGACAAUAAGUAACGGGCCGAAGUGU